AUGGGCAUCACCUGGUUAACAUCGAAUAGCAACCCACACUCAACAUACUACGAUGGCCGUCUCCGUCAAGGGCCUGCUCUGAUUCGCGCUCGUCGCCCAUACCUCUUCAAGAAUGCUUUGACCGGUCUCGGCCUUGUCGCUGUUGUCGGCGGUAUCUAUUAUUACACUCUCCGUGCCGUCGGCCAGGACGAGUUCGAUGAUGUCAAGGUUCCCGAUGUUCCCAGAAAAGCGGCCGAGACGCGAUAA